GGGGGGCGCAGAGGGAAGACUGCUCCAGACCCGAGAGGACACUCCACAAAGGCGCGUGGGGCCCGGCGGGGCCUGGGAGAACUGGGCUGGAGGGACAGCAUCCCUGGACCGCGGGGAAUACGCCGCCGGAUUCCGUAGCCAAUCAGCGGCCUCGGCCUUUCUGCCCUCGAGGGGGGCGGACCCGGCGAAAAGCCCUGCCGUGGUGGGAGAGGUGCAGAGAUUAAGGGUCAAGGAGUUGUUCGUCCUGCAUCCCCGACCACUGCCUCCUGAACCUCGACACCAUGUCGGAGGUCGGAGGUGGGGGAGGGAAUGGAUCGUAAGUCCCCUAUUUAGUCUGCUUCAUUUGCAGCCCAGAGAGGCAGGGAUUUGAGGAUGGAGGACUGUCUUUUGGGCUGUUAUUCUUGCAUCUACACUACCAUUUGGCUAGAGAUCUUAAGUGAUUCGAGGCACAUCCUACUUUACUAGCCGGGUAUGGGGUCCUAUGUUACGUUAGAGCCGCCAUAGGAGUUAUCACUGGCUUUUCAGUAAAGCUGUAUUCUGCAGGGAGGGGACAGGAGUAUAGAAAAGGUCAAAGCCAUGGGCUGCUAUCUUUCAUUCAUUUGUUUACUCAAUAGAUACUAAGUAUUUACUUUGUACCAAACACGAUGCCAGGUACUGGGGAUACAUACGAUGGCUGAUUCGAUAGAUCUGGUUCCUGCCCUCAGUGCAUAUACUGCUCCCCACUUUCGUUGAUGUGGUAGUGGUGAUGACUGAGCCAACCUAAUGUGGAAAUGAGAGGACAGCAAGAUUGUGGGUCCAGCCUGUGGUGUCCACAAUGCCCCAAGCCUCUGAGCACCGCCUGGGCCGGACCCGAGAGCCACCUGUUAAUAUCCAGCCCCGAGUGGGAUCCAAGCUACCAUUUGCCCCCAGGGCCCGCAGCAAGGAGCGCAGAAACCCAGCCUCUGGGCCAAACCCCAUGUUACGACCUCUGCCUCCCCGGCCAGGUCCCCCUGAUGAACGGCUCAAGAAACUGGAGCUGGGACGGGGACGGACCUCAGGCCCUCGACCCAGAGGCCCCCUUCGAGCAGAUCAUGGGGUUCCCCUGCCUGGCUCACCACCCCCAACUGUGGCUUUGCCUCUCCCAUCUCGGACCAACUUAGCCCGUUCCAAGUCUGUGAGCAGUGGGGACUUGCGUCCAAUGGGGAUUGCCUUGGGAGGGCACCGUGGCACCGGAGAGCUUGGGGCUGCACUGAGCCGCUUGGCCCUCCGGCCUGAGCCACCCACUUUGAGACGUAGCACUUCUCUCCGCCGCCUAGGGGGCUUUCCUGGACCCCCCACACUGUUCAGCAUACGGACAGAGCCCCCUGCUUCCCAUGGCUCCUUCCACAUGAUAUCCGCCCGGUCCUCUGAGCCUUUCUACUCUGAUGACAAGAUGGCUCAUCACACACUGCUUCUGGGCUCUGGUCAUGUUGGCCUUCGAAACCUGGGAAACACGUGCUUCCUGAAUGCUGUGCUUCAGUGUCUGAGCAGCACUCGACCUCUUCGGGACUUCUGUCUUAGAAGGGACUUCCGGCAAGAGGUGCCUGGAGGAGGCCGAGCCCAAGAGCUCACUGAAGCCUUUGCAGAUGUGAUUGGUGCCCUCUGGCACCCUGACUCCUGUGAAGCUGUGAAUCCUACUCGAUUCCGAGCUGUCUUCCAGAAAUAUGUUCCCUCCUUCUCUGGAUACAGCCAGCAGGAUGCCCAAGAGUUCCUGAAGCUCCUCAUGGAGCGGCUACACCUUGAAAUCAACCGCCGAGGCCGCCGGGCUCCACCAAUCCUUGCCAAUGGUCCAGUUCCCUCUCCACCCCGCCGAGGAGGGGCUCUGCUAGAAGAACCUGAGUUAAGUGAUGAUGACCGAGCCAACCUAAUGUGGAAACGUUACCUGGAGCGAGAGGACAGCAAGAUUGUGGACCUGUUUGUGGGCCAGUUGAAAAGUUGUCUCAAGUGCCAGGCCUGUGGGUAUCGCUCCACGACCUUCGAGGUUUUUUGUGACCUGUCCCUGCCCAUCCCCAAGAAAGGAUUUGCUGGGGGCAAAGUGUCUCUGCGGGAUUGUUUCAACCUUUUCACUAAGGAAGAAGAGCUAGAGUCGGAGAAUGCCCCAGUGUGUGAUCGAUGUCGGCAGAAAACUCGAAGUACCAAAAAGUUGACAGUACAAAGAUUCCCUCGAAUCCUUGUGCUCCAUCUGAAUCGCUUUUCUGCCUCCCGAGGCUCCAUCAAGAAGAGUUCAGUAGGUGUAGACUUUCCACUGCAGCGACUGAGCCUAGGGGACUUUGCCAGUGACAAAGCCGGAAGUCCUGUAUACCAGCUGUAUGCCCUUUGCAACCACUCAGGCAGCGUCCACUAUGGCCACUACACAGCCCUGUGCCGGUGCCAGACUGGUUGGCAUGUCUACAAUGACUCUCGUGUCUCCCCUGUCAGUGAAAACCAGGUGGCAUCCAGCGAGGGCUACGUGCUGUUCUACCAACUGAUGCAGGAGCCACCCCGGUGCCUGUGACACCCUCUCUAAGCCCUGGCACCUGUGAAGCCCUUUAAACACCCUUAAGCCCCAGGCUCCCCGUUUACCUCAGAGACGUCUAUUUUUGUGUCUUUUUAAUCGGGGAGGGGGGAGGGGGUGGUUGUAGCUCCAUUAUUUUUUUUAUUAAAAAAUACCCUUCCACCUGGAGGCUCCCUUGUCUCCCAGCCCCAUGUACAGAGCUCACCAAGCCCCUGCCCGUGUACAGCCCCCAGACCCUCUGCAAUAUCACUUUUUGUGAAUAAAUUUAUUAAGAAAAAA